GAAAACGCACUGAUUGAGAGUCGGCGAGGGACAGGGCGGACAGGAGAGACGACGGGAUUGCUCAUUCGCCUGGAAACAUGGGAUGUACACUGAGCGCCGAGGAGCGCGCAGCUCUGGACCGGAGCAAGGCCAUCGAGAAAAACCUGAAAGAGGACGGGAUGGUCGCCGCCAAGGACGUCAAACUGCUUCUGCUCGGCGGCGGAGAGUCCGGCAAAAGCACCAUCGUCAAACAGAUGAAGAUUAUCCAUGAAGAUGGCUUUUCUGGGGAUGACGUGAAGCAGUAUAAGCCUGUGGUCUAUAGCAACACCAUCCAGAGCUUGGCAGCCAUCCUCCGAGCCAUGGACUCCCUGGGCAUUGAGUUUGGAGACAAGGACAGAAAAGCGGAUGCUAAGCUGGUUUGCGAUGUGGUCAGCCGUAUGGAGGACACAGAGCCGUACUCUGCAGAGCUUCUUACUGCUAUGAAGCGUGUAUGGGCCGAUGCUGGGACACAGGAGUGCUUCAGCCGCGCCCGGGAAUACCAACUCAACGACUCUGCUCAAUAUUACCUGGACAGUCUAGACCGGAUCGGGGCAGCAGAAUACCAGCCCACAGAGCAGGACAUCCUGAGAACCCGAGUGAAGACCACUGGUAUCGUCGAAACCCACUUCACCUUCAAAAACCUCCAUUUCAGGCUGUUUGACGUGGGAGGUCAGAGGUCAGAGAGGAAGAAGUGGAUCCACUGCUUUGAAGACGUGACGGCCAUUAUCUUCUGCGUUGCUCUGAGCGGAUAUGACCAGGUGCUCCACGAAGAUGAAACAACUAACCGCAUGCAUGAGUCGCUCAUGCUCUUUGACUCCAUCUGUAACAACAAGUUCUUCAUUGACACCUCCAUCAUCCUCUUCCUCAACAAGAAGGAUCUGUUCGCUGAGAAGAUCAAGAAGUCACCGCUGACGAUCUGUUUUCCAGAAUACACAGGUGCUAAUACUUAUGACGAUGCUACUGCAUAUAUUCAGGUUCAGUUUGAGAGUAAGAACCGCUCUCCCAAUAAGGAGAUCUACUGUCACCUGACCUGUGCCACAGACACAGGAAACAUCCAGGUAGUGUUUGAUGCCGUCACUGACAUCAUUAUUGCAAACAACCUUAGAGGGUGUGGCUUAUACUGAGGCCUGGCCAAGCACAGAGGUUGUCAUGGAGAGUAUGAGGUGUUAAUAAUGAUAAUUUUGAUGAUACUUAAACACAUAAAUAUGUAAUUCUACACGUCCAAAUGGACCCAAAGAGCUGCCGUCAGACACCACACUGGAUUAUUGCCAUGAUUUGUUCCCUUCCUCUUAUUUUGAUUUCACUAUACAACCCCAGUUUUGUCUUAUAACAAUGUGUUUUUGAGCUGAAUGUUUCAUGUUCUGUUGAUGACUGUGUCAACAACUGUUGAGGUCAGAAGCGGCAGCACCGGGGGUAUAUUCAGCUGGAGCCUUGUUUUGCACAACUCAAAGCCCAGAAAAGCAAUGCGAGGAGUGUGCAAUGCCACUUUCAACCACGGUGUGGAAUAUUGUCCCAUCUUUUAUGUGACAUUUUUUUGUGCGAGUCUCGAGGCAUUUAUAUCUGUACUGAAUAUAGCCUGUUGUGCUCCGUUUGAAGAGCUGCUGUGUGUAUGAAGGUGGAGAUGAUGACGUUGUCGGGGAGGUGCUGAACUCGUGGCUGAGGGUUAUGGUUGUGAAGGAGGCUAUUUUAACUGUCAGAAGGGACAAAGCUCCCCUCUCCUUCAGACCCACACAUGACUGAGUAGCCUGCAGGUCUGUUCCACUCUCUGUUUUCUCUUUUGCUUUAAAACAUAAUGAAAGAGAAGAUUCUUCUGUUCAGAGUGGCUGCCCGUUGCCAUUGGCCUCCUGUAGCGUGAGGAAAUGCCUAUCAGCCAAUCAUAUCUCAAAAAAAAAACAAAACGUCAAAUCGGUGCCAACCAUCUGACAAUGACAGAGGGGAUUAGGAUCAUAAAUCAUAAAGCUCAUGUUCAUACUAUCAACUAAUAUUAUUUAAGUAACAGAGAUAACCUUUUAUUAUCAUCGAAUGAUUUAUUUAUUUAAGCCUCAUGCCCUACAUGCCUCCUCCUACCUCCUGAAAUCCCGUGCCACAUAUUUAUUUCCUGUCAUGAAAAACUGGGGGAACACCGAUACCUGUCUACGGUUCAGAUGGUAGAAAGCAGCCCUCCAAUGACAUCCUGUUCUCUGCGUGGUGCUUUACCCUUUGAUGUGAAUCUGUGUAGAAAUAGAACACUGCACAAGGAGAACAAUAUCAUUUGAGGCAGCCUCUGUCUAGGGAGUUGGGGGUUUUUCGACCCUCUUCUCCCCUGAUCGGUAAACAGGGAACGAUUAAUCCCCCGCCUGUCACGUUUCUCUUUUCACAGAGAAAAAGUACAGCUCUCCAUUUUCACCUGUGCACCCAGAAACUCAUCUUCCCAUCCCUGUAUACUCUUAUCUAUCACAUAUCAGUCCUCAUAUCCUAUCUCCAUUUCACCUUAAAAGCACCGUACUGUAUAUAUAUUAUGAUUAUACCAGAUUUUUUUUUUACUGUGAAUGUUUUUGUGCUGCACCCCAUCCUAUUUGGUAGUUUAUUGGUUGCUCUCAUGUGGAAUGUUUGUGCUGAGCCAAUCGAAUGUUGUGUUUACAUUA